AUGGAAGAGGACGACAACAAUCUGCAACAAUGUGUGCCGGACGAUCCGCAGAGUCCUCUAUUCGAACCUGAACGCGUAGUACGAGUUGCUCCAGAAGCAAAUAUGAUCCCAAACCUCAAGACAGACUGUCUUGAUAGACUCAAAGCUAUUGAGGCGAACACUAUAGCUGCUAUUACUAGCUGGAAUCCUAGCACCAUAGGAUCUGUGCUACCCGCUAAGCGUUCAGCAUCUGAAAUCUGGACUGAUAGUGACGAUGACGAUGACGAUAGCAACGAUGAAAGAGAUACAGCAGUGCCUCCGCUUGACCUAACUCAACAGCGCCGUCCAAAGCUACCCAUCUACCAUCCAGGAUUUCAACAGUCAGAAAAGGAUGUUCGGAGUAUCUUGCGAGUAUUCAAAGACUUCCUAGGAGCGGCUGCGGAUCAAGGUAUUGGUGGCGAAGAGGCUGCUUAUCUCUACUCACAAGCUGUCAAAAAUUGCAUUAUUUCCUACCAGGAAGAGAUUCGGUUUGCAGUCACAGGAGAUACAGGAUCUGGGAAGUCUGCAACUACGAAUGCUUUGCUGGGUGACGACCUGACGCCAGAAGGGGAUAGUGGCAGCGCAUGCACCAACGUGGUAACGGAGUUCCGCCAGAAGAAACUCUCCAACAAUAUGGGGGCAGUUCAAGCAGAGGUAAAAUUUUACUGCGUCGAAUACUGCAUAGAAAACCUCGUGAAUAUUUGGUUUAAGCAAUGGUUUAAUACCCAACAGCGGAUGAUGAGCGACGAAGAAGACGUCGAUGACGACGAUCGGGCACGCAAAGACGCUGCUCUGGAUUGCUUGAACCAUCUCUUUGCUCACUAUGUCGCACCUGAAUCGCUCGAGGACUUUAUGUCUGCAAGCAAGUCUUGGAAGGACAGUCCAGCACUCUUAAAGCUACAGAGAUGGACUGGUGAGAUACACGAGCAAUUUGUUCGGGACGGCGAGCUCUUUGUCCCCCUCACGUCCAGCACUCACAGCGACAUGCGCGAACAACUUCGCCCUUUCCGAAUGAAAGCACCAAAUGCACGUUUCAAUGGGAAACCUCUUUCUUUCAGCCCAUGGCCGUUUGUAGAGAUUAUCAGGUACUAUGUCGACAGCCCCCUACUACAAGAUGGAAUCUGCUUGGCCGAUGUCCCAGGCGCGAAAGACAUCAACGUUUAUCGUGUUGCGGCAGCAGAGGCUUAUUUGCAGCAGUGCGAAAAGACGAUCGUAGUCGUCGACAUAAAGCGGGCCACGAGCGACCAAUCUUUUCGACAGCACUAUCUGGAUGCGCACCGUAGGCGACACCAUGGUAGUGUCAUUCUUGUGGCUACCAGAUCUGAUGAAAUGAAUGAUGAUGGUGGUAGUACACUGCAACUGGAUGCCAUAGCAGAAGGACAGCUUGCCCCCGUCGAAGAGAAGUUGAGUGAACUCACCGGUAAGGUUCAGAUCAUCGAAAAUGGCAUCGAAAACAACAAAAACAAGAUCAAGCGCAUCAGGAGCUUCGUCAAUCAAAGCUCUGUCACCGAAGACGAUCACUCGAAGGAGGCUUUACGCGCAACCAACAAGGACUUGGUUACACGCAAAAAAGAUUUGAAGGCCCGUAUUAUUUCCUUGGAAAAAGAACGUAAAGACAUUCGAAUUGCUUGCCGUAACAGGUUUGUUGCUACGGGUCUGAACCGGAUGUACAGUCACAACACUGGCGACGAUGCGGGCGCUGCAUCCUUUUGCAUUUCUAAUCGCAUGUUCAUGCGGUACCGCCGGGGAUAUAACACUGCAUACCCUGACAAGGUUCCGUCUAUGAAGUUGGAAGACACAAAAAUCCUGGCGCUCUUCAAUCAUAUUGCUGGACAGCCUUCCCAAGGAAAGGUCGCCGUUCUUGAAAACUUCAUCCAGUUCAAAACCCCCAUGCUGCUAAGCAUCUUCCAGAUGAGCUAUAGCAAGAGUACAGAAGCCCGAGUAGAGUACAUAACCAAAAUUCUGGACCAGGCCAUUAAGGAUAUUGAGUUGGAAAUCGAGAAAAUGAAAAAAAGAUGCCACAGCACGUUCUUGGAAGACCUUUUGAACGAACUUUCAAAACGUGAGCUGCAGGACAAGUUUGAUAGCAAGGCUGAGACGAAGCUCGAGGAGCUAGAGAAGAUGGCUGCCGCUUCGCAUAGAGCUCUAGUCAGAAACCAAGGGAAAUGGCAUCAGAAGAAGCUGGGCAUCAAGCACGACGUGAAUGCUGUACUACUGUCAUUUGUCGCAUCCGAUAUCGAUAGGCACUUCCGAAGAGCAAUCGAAGAUGCACCUUCAUCGUUCAAAGCUCACGCUGCACAAACCAUCAAGACGAGCUUUCGUGAACUAAACAAGCUAUUGAAAGAUGAUCCACAGGCUCUAGUCGGAGAUGCGUACCAGACUUGCUUCGGCAACAAUGUCCUUGAUCAUGAAGAAAACAUUACACUCACGAUCGAAGCCGCCACGAAGAAGCUUCGUGACGGACUCAUCGAAGUAUUCGGCAAAGCGAUCAAACCUACCGAAAAAGGAUAUAUGCACCGGAAAAUGAAGCCUGUUUAUCAACAGGCCAUUUUGAAAAAAGCCGGAAAACGCCAGAAGCUCAUGGAUGUCCGCCAUGCAUAUCUCAAAGAGAAAAUCAUUGGCCUCGAAGGUGUUUUUCCUGACAUUGCAGGAUUGACUCGAGAAGACGUGAGAAAACUCAUCAGUGAUACUUGCAAUGAGCUCUGCAAAGAAGUGGUUGGUAUUCUCGAAACUAUUCGGGAUGCUUUUCAGCGACAGAAGCAUAGCAAAGAGCAUGAUACGCCGGAAGGCCAGCAUUUCCGUAAGGAGCUGCACGAGUUGAUCGCUGAGGCGUUGAGGAUCUUGAAGGGUCCUGUGUGCGAGAGUUUGGAAAGGUGCAAGGAGUACAAGUAA